AUGUACACAAUCCGCCCAGCAACAGAACACGACGUCCCAUCCCUCACGCAAAUCAUCAUCCAAGCCUUCGCGCGCACCCCCUUCUGGGAGAAUCUAUUUCCAGAAGGAACCACAGAUCCUCGGCCCUUAAAAACCGCCCGCACGCUCUCCAAACUCCUCGACCCAACCACCCACGUCCUCGUCGCCGAGCACCCUUCGACUGGCCGUAUCGUAGGCUACGCGCGCUGGACCCUCCCCUCCUCCUCAACCUCAACUUCCUGCUCAUCGACAGUGCCAACGACACAUCCACGCAUCCCCGCCAUCUCAGAAGAAGCCCAGCGAAUGGCCUCGCGAUCGUCGGAGUUAUUCCCCUCGGGCGGGAACCGGGCGGCGUAUGAUUCGUUCUAUGAGGGGUUGGAGCGCGGGAAGAAGCGGUAUCUUUCCGAAGGGGAUUUCGUGCUUGAACUUCUGGCUACGUUGCCCGAAGAACAAGGAAAAGGCGUUGCGUCCGGGUUGCUACGCUGGGGGUUGGAGAGGGCCGAUGCGGUGAAUGCGCGGGUUUAUCUUGAGGCGACGGAGGAAGGGUAUCCCAUCUAUAGGAAGUAUGGGUGGCGGGACCUUGGGGAGUUUAGGAUGGAUUUUGAGGAGUUUGGGGGGUGGGGGGUUCAGAGGUGGGUUUUUAUGAUGCGGGAUCCGGGUUAUGGUCUGGAUCAGGAUAUCAAAAAUUGA